AUGGCCAUCAGCGGCGCCCCUGAGCACUAUACGUCUUCCAAUUACAUCCGACAACUCGAGACCAAAGUGAAGCUCCUGGAAGACGACAACAAAAUUCUGUCACAGCAUUCCAGCCACAACGACUUAAGGACGUUGCGGAAAGGCUUAUCUCCUUACCACUCUGAAUCGCAGCUGUCCUCGCUGUCUCAGUACCCGGAGCCCCUGCAGAACGGCACCGUGCGGAUCACAGCCGAUCUCUCCUCCGCGCCCCCUGCUGGAUAUGUCCCAGUAGUGCAGAAGCCAGAGGCGGUGGUGCAUGCUAUGAAGGUUCUGGAAGUGCAUGAAAACCUGGACCGGCAAGUUCCUGACAACUACGAGGAAGACCUGAGUGAGAAGGAGAAGGCGAUUGUACGAGAAAUGUGCAAUGUCGUGUGGAGGAAGUUGGGCGACGCCGCCAACUCCAAGCCUUCGAUCAGGCAGCAUCUUUCUGGAAACCAGUUUAAAGGACCCUUGUAAAAUGAGGCGCUAGAGGCAUCGGAGGCACUUGAGAUAAAGAACGGCUGUAAAUAUGGCAACUGGAGGUCACUCCACAAGCUGGAGACUCAAUACACACUGUAUAUAGAUGUCCGGCAGCGUAGACACAUAGCAGGGGGGUCUCCCCUCCCCCCACACUGACUGUCUCCUAUGUAGACCCAUGCACGCCCUGCAAUAGACCACUAUCCCGGUGAGGGUCAGACCGGGACUCCUCAUCCUAUGGCUGUUUGGUUGUCAGACUACAACCCCCAGCAGUGGCCGUAGGUUGGGCACCGCUAACUAGACCCCUUAGUAUUACACACUGGAUGAUAAUUUUGUAACGAGGAUUCUUAUUUAAUGGGACAACAACAAAUCAGGAUAUUUUUGUAUAGACGCCGAGGCUAAGCCCCGCCCCCCGCGUUUUAUUGACUUUCUUACGAACCCAUCGUUGUAGCUGCUUCAUUGAUUUCUAUUCUGAUCAAUAUUUGUAUUAAAAAAAAUGAAAAUUAUUCAGGAACUUGUAGAUUUUUAUCCCUGUAAAGAGCAGAAUCCGCGUCGGUUUUUCCUCCGCCCGCUGUAUAUAACGUGACGGAUCUCUAUUUUGUUACUGUUCUAGAUUCUGUAGAAUAUAUCAUUUUAUGUCGGCAUAUAAAAACUUGUGUAUAUGUGAA